UGGUUGUCCAUUGCAACCGCCGAUGAUCCGCUUGGCUGCAGGGUGUGUGGUGGUGGUGGCCGUGGCGGUGGUUGGCGUUAGUCUGGCGUCGUACAUAGGGUACUACUGCCUCCAUAUCCUCCUCUACGCCGUCCAAGUGCUCUCCGCGACUCUGACCAUCGUUUCCAUUGACGAGAUUCACACGACCCAACCUCCUCUCCCUCCAUCUCCCGACCCAAAGCACCCCGUGGGUGCCAGUAUGCAGUUCCUCAGAUGGCUCAUGCGCUUGGUGGCUUACGUUCCGUCGCUGACGAUGUCCGUGUUGUGGCGUGUGCUUCACAUGUCCCCGUUCGUGAGCAGCCACCAAACCACCACCACCCAAACAAACUCUAUCCCCCCCACUGAUGCCGUUCAUCUCCUUCCGCCACUGAAGUGCAUGGACUGCUCGACACCGACCGACCAAAGCAUCCACUGCGCAAAGUGCCAGUACGUUGCGUGCGUUCCAUGCUUUGUCGGGCACGCCGUCGAGUGCAUCAGCAACGGCCAAGUCGGGUUUGUGUGUGUGCGGUGCUACCAAGAGGUCGACGCAAGUGUCCUGGACGCGCAUCUCCCGCCACCCAUUCUGGCCAAAAUGGAGCGCUUUAAGCUCCUCGAGACACUCACAACAUGCCCGUCUUGCCGCGGCCGACUGCGGCAGUCGGGGCUGUCGCGGCGACGGAUGGUCUGCGGACGAUGUGGCGACGCCUGGUGCUUUGAAUGCAAACGCGCGUUCCAUCUGCGGUGGACAUGCAAACCAAUAAAUUAAUCUGCGAUAACGUUUAACGAUUCGAACACUGGG